AUGUGUGUGGUGUCAACGGAUGGUAAGCUAUUUGUGGACCCAUUCCUCCGCAUAUCACUGGCCAUCGCGAUGUCCAACCCUUUCGGUGACUCCGACGACGACGAGAGCGCCGGUCGCCCGGACGAGGCGGCCGUCAAGGAGGGCCUCUUGUGUCCCGUUUGCCUCCAGGAUCUCAAGACGAUCACCGAUUUGAAGGACCACUUCGACGCGAACCACAAGAAUGAGUUCAUAUCGUCGGCCAAUCAUAACAGCAAACAACAGAUCGGUUCCCAACUGAAAGGGCUCAUCAACAAGACGAAGAAGAUCCUGAAGAAUGACACCGCGGAUGAGACACAGGAGCCGUCAUCGGUGGCCAACGCAAACCCCGGCCACUCAUACGUCGACCACUGGAGGCGCCAAAUGACUAUAGGUGAGACACGCAAUCACUUCGACCACUUCCGACGGAUCCGCGACUCGCGUAUUGAGCGCUAUGUCAUGGAAACCAAUAAACUGCUCAUCAGAUUAGAUAAACUGAUUACCGAUGCGCCCAAAGAGCCGGAGAAGCGUAAACUCCACGAGAAGACAGUGGUCUUGUGGGCCAACGACGAUGACGUCCGGCUGUGUCCGAACUGCGCCAAAAGUUUCAAUCUUAGCCGCCGUCGACACCAUUGCCGACUCUGCGGUGGGAUUAUGUGUCACAACUGUUCCCAGUUUUUGGACUUUGUUUACGCGCGCAAAAUCAUUAGUCCCACGAAUUUAGAGGAGAGUAGCCUAUCGUUGCUGCCGAAGACAAACCUCAGCCGUCGAGGAAGUAGUAGUAGUUUGCUGUCGAUUGUCAACUCGAGUGGCGAUCCGCACAUCAGAGUCUGCGGCGACUGUAAGACACUGUUAGACCGGAGGGACCGGCAGAUCGAGGACAACACGUUGCGACCCAUUUUGAGUCAAUUCUACGACAGAAUGCGGGAACAGAUCAAAGAAGUCGAGCGAUUGGCGCCACUGUUCUUCCAAAUGAGCGACUCCUUGAGCCGUAAGAUCGCGUCGUUGGGCACUCAGGAGGAGCGGCCGCCGCAACCAAAACAGCUUCAACUCCAGAACAGUAUCCGCUCGUCGGUCACACACUUCUUGAGGCACACAAUGCUCGGUUUGCCGACACUUCCCACUGCCGAGGAAUUGAAGAGACUUCAGGAGCAGCGACGCCUAGAGAUCGAGAAGCGGAUCCAAUACGAGCGACAACUGGCUCUCGAGGAGCAGAAACGGUUCGCGGCGUCGCCUAAACGCCAAAACAUUAGUCUUAAUCACAACUACUCCGAGACUAAUACGAGAGUCACAGGCGAUGAGGGGGUAGUCGUGUCGCCGGAGGACGGCUGGAACCCGGAGUUCACGAGCCAUCAGCGCAACCGCGCAGACGUUGAUAGUGUCGGUGCCGGCGGUGGCGGUGGUGGUGGCGAUGGCAUGGAUCCGAUGCUACAGCAGAUCAAUAUUAUACGCAAUUACAUACGACAGGCCCGGGAGGCGCACAAGUAUGACGAGCUGCAUAUGCUGGAGGAGAACCUGAAGGAACUGGAGAUCGAGUACUUUGUUCAACAGCACGGCAAUGAGGACCAGAAUAGCGCACACUCCUAAUGGGUGUCCCGUUU